AUGCAAGGACUGACGACAAGCUCGCCUGAACCUUCAUCGAUCAUAUCGCGCUGGAAGCAUCGUAUCCUCAAAAUCAACCCACUUCGUACAGAAGCUCUGUAUGGCUACAAAGAGCGGGAAACGCCGACUGGGUUCAAGCCAGACCCACGAAGAAAAGCGUUCCAUAUAAAGUAUGACAGGGAUUCGUCAUCUUUACAGCUUCAGCCUCUGUGUGAUAACAACUGCUGUGACGUCGAUGCCGAGUCAAUCGACUUCAAAGACACAAGACGACAUUUCAAGAAUAAUCCAAGGGAGAAAAUAUAUGGGUGGCGCCUUACUGAUAACGACCGAUCCAAAAAUGCAUGGGAGAGUUGCAAAAUGUUCUUAUUAGACCAGGGGCAGUACGAACUCAAUAGGUAUAAUCCCGGCGACCAGUCAAAAGAUCAGACCAGAUCCAGAGCUUUUAUCUCUGGACCUCAACCACUCUGGGCCUUACGUGGCUUCUUCAUUGGGCCUAACACUGACUGCUCCCCACCAUACUUUACCAUCCUGUGCUCCGGAGAAAACGAAUCGAAAUACUUGGUCGAUGUAAUAGACAAAGAGAUCAGGGGGAAAGGUUUACGAGAUUGGGGCGUAACCCGAUUACCGUACGUCGAGAUUUGCGAAUACGGAUCCCGGUCAGGCAGCCCUGAGAAUGUCGAUGACGCCGAGUCAACCAGUGAAAUGAACGAAGUGGAAGUUCAAAUCAUCGAUGGAGGCUUGUCGUCAACAAUACCCAACGAUGCGAUGGCCUCGUCAUGGAGGAAUCGGCGGCAUAGAUGUGGCGUCAGAUUCCAAGUCACUAGUGACUCAAACGUCAUUGCGAAUGGAACCAUUGGUGGCCUUCUCAAGGUGGGAGGCAGACUAUAUGGUUUAACCGUUGCCCACGUCUUUCACCGCAGUGGCCAAAGUCAGCAAAACUAUUCCACGAGUAGUUUUGAUGACGAGAGUUCUACUAGUGUCCAGAAUCAGUGGCACGAGCAAAGGAAAGAGAGCAUGCUGCUGGACCGGGCGUUAGUUGAACUUCCAGGACUUGAGAAGCCGGAUGAUGAUCCAGAUACUUGGGACGAUGUGAAUCUGGUCCGGACUAUGAACGGCGACUUUCGACCGGUUUGGACUACUAUGGAAAUGCCACGUAGUGGUGUAUAUGCUGUCUUGGCUACCCCUGGCUCUACUCAUUGCCUUCGAGGUAUUAUUACUGGUGAAGAAGCUAUCGUAAAUAUGCCAGGCUCACCAGCCCCGUAUACCACUUGGGUACUACAGAUGGAACAGCCUUGGCUGAUACAAGCAGGAGAUAGUGGCUCUUGGGCACUCGAUGCUAUUACUGGAGACCUUCUUGGGGUACUCAUUGCUGGGUGCCCUGAGUUACAUGAAGCAUACAUCAUCCCUGCCUAUCAAAUACUUGGAGAUAUUGAAAAGGACCUAGGGCGACAGGUCCGGCUGCCACACUGUCAUCGAACUCAGAAGCAAAACCAACAUACUCUUACCGAUCUGGAGAGGAGUGUCUUGGAAAUUCAAAAGAAAAUCGUGCAAGUCAACAGUGCAGCUGAAAUGAAGAAUAUUGAGGGCCUCGCAGACGAUUGGAUUGAAAAAAGCCGCCGAAUGCCAGACAAUGAACCCAAGAUGUCUUUCCAACCGAGGAACAAGGAGUCAUACUGGAUUAACCGCUAUGGCGGGCGAAUCCAACACGAUAUAUUAGAAUUGAUGUCGACAAUACGAGAAUCUGAAGGAGUGGACUAUCUGUCUCGGCGUGCUCAUCUCAUUUGGCCCUAUCAAGAUGCCCUCAGUCGUCCGCCGUUGGAGUGCUACAACUCGCUCAGCAAAAUGUUCCGGGAUCUGGGUCAAGAAAAGAUCGUCGAGUAUAAAAUUGAUCUUCGUAUACUAAGAGGAAUCUUGUGGGGGCAUUUGGUAUUGGGAGAACAAAUAUUCCGCCCAUACAUUAACCCAAUUUCCACAGCUGGACAUAACGCCUUCUGGGUCCUUGAAGAAGAACGGAAGGCUAUAGACGACCCUGACUGUCCCAGACAGAAGGGAUUAAAAUUUCCCAGGGAUAGGUACUAUGCCGAAGAAGUUGUUGACAUGUUACGACAGAACAUGGAAUAUUUGAUUUCGAAUGAAAAGUGGCUCUACUCAGUAAGCCUUCCAGAAACAGUAUCCUUUGAUCCGGGAUUGUCUGACAAUAUCACACUGUUCGUUGCUGUGCUGCUAAGCGAGCAGAAGGAUCAGGUGCUGGUUGUCGCUCAGCCAGCAGACUGUUCUCCGGAGGAUUGUAAGAUUGAAGAUAUAAGACUUCCUUAUGUUCAAAUAGACAAGGGAACAGACGAAGAAGGUAACUUGAAAAUACUGUUGAAGGACUUGAUUGGCCUUGGAGAUGCCAUACCUCUUCAAACUCAAAGGCUAGAGCUAAAGAGGAUGAGUCCGAGUAUCUGGUUGAAAGAACACAAACAAUAUGUUGACUUAGUUGUCAUGGAAGCUAUAUUGUUGCAGAAUGACCUAGAAAGGGCUCGGACUGGGUCUUGGGAAAUGCCUGUUGUUGUUAUGGGGAAUGAUGACGCUUGGCGCAAGCUGAUAGAGCCAUUUUCCUCGAUUUUCUACGAGUCAAGCGCUCUAUUCAACUAG